AUGUCAGCACAAACGACCUUGCUGGCUAAUUUUUUGCAGGUGGGGAGUAUCAGAUCGACUUCUGCAAGCUCCAUUCUCAAGAAGAACAUCGGAGACGCCACUAUAAGCCUUGUUGCGUGGGUUUUGGUGGGAUACGCUCUCUCUGACGGCAAAGAUCAGCUCCGCAUCGUCGGUGGAAGCUACUUCGGUCUUGUGCAAGGCGAGAACAGCAUAUUACCAGUGUUGGUGCUCACGAUUUGCCUACGUGGUGGGCUCAGUGAUGCUCUUGUAGCGUUGGGUUGUAGGAAGUGGGGCGCGAAGGACUCUUUCAAAGUGAGCGGGGAACCCUUCGAGGCAACCGAUGACAGGGACGUCGGCACGGCUUUGCUUGAGUGCUUGUUCCGGUGGUCCUUUGCCGCAACUUGUACGACCAUUGUUUCAGAUGCCUUCUUGACAUCUGCCGUGUUUUAUCCCUUGCUUGCUCACGCUGCGUGGGCCGACGAGGGGUGGGCCUCUCCGUUUCUCACGAGUGAGGGAGAGUCGGCUGCUUGGUUGAACUGCGGCGUUGUUGACUUCGCUGGAUCGGGCGUGGUUCAUAUGCUGGGAGGCGGCAUUGGCCUCGUAUUGUCGAUGGUGGUGGACAAUCGGUCGGACAGGUUUAUCGACGCCAACCCGCAGCUCGUGGAAAGGAACAAAUCGGCAACCCUCGAUCGUCGCUUAUUUAAGGUCAGCCACAACCUCCUUUCACGUGGCAGGUAUGGCUUCAACUGCGGGUCUACUCUUCAGAUUUCGACCGAGGAAACCCGGAACGCCGCCGGACGUGCGGCUUUGAACACUACGAUUGGGGCAGGCGAGAACGAGCACGAUAAACACGAGCUGUGCUACCAGAGAGCAGGAUGGGCCGUUGGGUGCGUAUCGUCAAUGGGCUUCGAAAUUAUGUACCACUGGUGGUCGCCGGAAUAUCGUCGAAGAGAGUUCAUCAACGACCCCCUCGACUACAUGCCACAGGCAAGGAACACCUUGGCUGGUGAGCUGUCAUCGCAAGACCCUCGACGAAGGAGGACUACCGGGUCCACCGACGACGCAAAGGACCCCGAGGACGAGCACAACAGUGGCAAGUUCAGGUGGCGCCUCAGCACCCACAAGUCCAUCCACGGGGCGGCCUGCAACGGGGUCCUCGUCGGCCUUGUCGGCGUCACCGCCGGCUGCGCUACGAUGCACCCAUGGCAUGCCAUCUGGGUGUCUAUCGUCUCUGCACUCGUGUACCACGUGUCGUACCGUGGCAUCAUCUGUUGCAAUAUCGACGACGCCAUCAACGCCGCCGCCGUGCACCUGGUUGGUGGUUUGUGGGGCGUUGUCGCCGCAGGAUUAACCGUGGACAAUGCCGCUCGUGUGGACCUGGGCUUCCCCGGCCAGGAGGAUGGCUGCACCCCAGAAAACCAGGCGUGGGUCAACGUGCUGAUGGCCGUGAUCAUCUUUGGUUACGUGAGCAAUAAUCGAACGUUGUAUCUUGGUUGA